CAGUAGGUCGGAGGCUUACAUUGGCGCGCGCUUCCUGCUGGAGCCUGAGCGGCAGCGGCCCUCCUUGCUGUGGUGGCUUGGGGCUGCUGCGGCCGCAGGCGGGGGGAAGCGGCUCGAGCGGGAGGAGGCGGUGCAGGGUCUGCAGGAGGAGCCGCUAUGGCUACGCCCAACUCCCUCUUGUGGGCAGUUGAUAUCUUUGGGAGGGUUUACACUCUUUCUACAGCCGGCCAGUACUGGGAGCUCUGUAAAGACAGACAGCUGGAAUUCAAACGAGUCUCUGCUAUCAAACAUUGCUGCUGGGGAAUAGCUUGUGAUCACCAGGUAUAUGCCUACGUAUUCUCAAGUGAUGUUCCAAUCAGAUACCAGGAAGAAACUUAUGAGAAUCAGCGUUGGAAUCCGGUUGGUGGCUUUUGUGAGAAAUUAAUGCCCAGUGAUCGCUGGCAAUGGAGCGACGUGAGCGGGCUAAAACAUCAGCAGCUUGACAGUUUCACACUGCCAUCGCCGCACUGGGAAUGGGAGUCUGACUGGUAUGUGGAUGAAAAUAUUGGAGGGGAACCAACAGAGAAAGGGGGUUGGACGUAUGCCAUUGACUUCCCAGCUACCUACACAAAGGAUAAGAAAUGGAAUUCCUGUGUCCGACGUAGGAGGUGGAUCAGAUACAGGAGAUACAAGUCACGAGACACUUGGGCAAAGAUAACAUCCCAUGAUGAUCCUAAUCAAUUGCCAGAUCCUUUCAACGAUAUCUCAAUUGGAGGAUGGGAAAUCACUGACGAGCCCAUGGGCCGGUUAUCGGUCUGGGUGGUGUCCUUACAAGGAAGGGUAUGGUAUAGAGAAGACGUUUGCCACCACAAUCCAGAAGGCUCCUGGUGGUCCUUAAUAGCCACCCCCGGAGAAGCAGUACAGAUCAGCUGUGGACCAUAUGACCUCCUAUGGGCAACACUUUGGGAGGGGCAAGCUAUUGUGAGAGAAGGGAUUGAUAGAAAUAAUCCUCAAGGAAUUUCUUGGACAAUUGUGGAACCCCCAAGCUCUGAAAAUGGGAUCCUGCACAUCUCUGUGGGUGUAAAUGUGGUGUGGGCAGUUACUAAAGACAGAAAAGUGUGGUUCAGAAGAGGUGUGAACUCGCACAAUCCAUGUGGCACCAGCUGGAUUGAAAUGGUUGGAGAAAUGAUGAUGGUAAACGUAGGCUUAAAUGACCAGGUCUGGGGAAUCGGCUGCGAGGAUCGAGCUGUUUAUUUCCGGCAAGGCGUCACACCGAGCGAGCUCAGCGGGAAGACAUGGAAGGCGAUUGUAUCUGGCAGAGAGAGUGACAGGUCUCAGACCGGCAGCUCGACCAGUCUGCUCAGCGCUGGCUGUUUCUUCAGUGAUGACGUUAGGGAGCAAAUGAAUUUGAUCGUUCAGAGCGAUGCGGACAUUUCCUCUGAUACCGAGAGCCCACAGAUACAUCCAAACCUUGAUGACAUGCCCCUGUCAGGUGCUGCAGCUGGCGUCAAUGGUAACAGCGUGGGAAGCCAGUCAGCAGAAGUGAGUGCAAACUUGGCUGUGGAUCCUCUGGACUCUACUCCCGAAGAAGCCAGCCCUGCUUCAGACAAUGGCGAGAAGGCUGGUCUCGAAAAACCCAAGUCUUCUGCUGACCAGGAUCCCCAUCCUGCAGAACUGCAGUGGACAAACAUUGACUUAAAGGAGGCCCAUAAAAAGCCUCUGCUCGCUGCCAGCACCUUCCCGGAGACAUCCAGCCUGUCUUCCCUUGGCAUGUUCUCAGUUGGAGUUGAAGAACAUUAUGGAGCUGAUGAGCACCCGUUGUGGGCUUGGGUGUGUGGGGGAGGCUGCCUGGUGGAUUCACACAGCUUGCUGAAAUGGUUCACCCUUCAGUCAGGUCUGUUAUCCUCUGUGCAGUCCCUUUCCCUGUCUAUCAGUCCAGCACAGACAGCAGCGUGGCGAAAGCAGAUUUUCCAGCAGCUCAGUGAAAGGACCAAGCGGGAACUGGAGAACUUUAGACACUAUGAACAAGCUAUUGAGCAGUCUGUCUGGGUGAAAACGGGGACCUUACAAUGGUGGAGAAGCUGGAAGCCUCAGAAAUGGACAGAUGUGCGAGUGGUGCUGGAGCAGUUCACUGGGAAUGACGGCAUGCGAGACAGCAUUCUGUUCAUCUAUUACAUGUAUCAUGAGGAGAAGAAGUACAUCCACGUGUUCCUGAAUGAAGUUACCAUUCUGGUUGAAGUUCUGAAUGAUGCCAAACACUCCUUCGCUCUCUACACACCUGAGAGGACAAAGCAGCGGUGGCCAAUUCGUCUAGCAGCCGCCACAGAACAAGAAAUGCAUGACUGGCUGGCUUUGCUGAGCAUGUCCUGCUGUGAAAGCAGACGGAUUCAAGGCCCUCCCUCCCACCAGGCCAUCUGGUCUGUUACCUGCAAAGGAGACGUCUUCGUCAGCGAGCCAAGUCCUGAAUUAGAGGCCGCACCACACCUGAUGCCAUGUGACCAAAUGUUUUGGCGACAGAUUGGAGGGCAUCUCCGCCUGAUAGAGUGCAAUAGCCAUGGCAUAGUAUGGGGCAUAGGUUACGAUCACACGGCCUGGGUUUAUACUGGGGGAUACGGAGGCGGCUUCAUUCAAGGAUUGGCCAGCAGCGCCGAUAAUAUUUACAUGCAAUCAGAUGUGAAAUGUGUUUAUAUCUAUGAGAACCAGCGGUGGAAUCCAGUCACAGGAUAUAGCAACAGAGGGCUGCCCACAGACAGGUACAUGUGGAGUGACGCGUCUGGCUUACAAGAAUGCACAAAAGUUAACACAAAGCCUCCAUCCCCGCAGUGGUCUUGGGUGUCUGACUGGUAUAUUGAUUUUAACAUUUCCGGUGGAACUGAUCGGGAAGGCUGGCAGUAUGCAGCAGACUUUCCAGCAUCCUACCAUGGCCACAAGACGAUGAAGGAUUUUGUUCGACGAAGACGCUGGGCCAGAAAAUGUAAAAUAAUCACCCAUGGACCCUGGCUGGAAGUGCCACCCAUCGCCCUGUGGGACAUCGCCAUAAUCCCUAGUUCGUCAGCAGACAAAGAAGAAUCGAUAGCACUCUGGGCAGUUAGCAACAAGGGAGACGUGCUGUGCAGACUCGGAGUAACACAGCAAAAUCCAGCUGGAACAUCAUGGCUUCACGUGGGAACAGAUCAGCCCUUCAUGUCGGUCUCGAUUGGGGCAUUCCACCAAGUCUGGGCUGUUGCCAGAGAUGGCUCUACCUUCUACCGGGGUUCAGUGUCUCCAAAAAAACCUGCAGGCGAUUGUUGGUACCAUAUCCCUUCACCUCCAAAACAAAAAUUAAAACAAGUCUCAGUAGGACGGACAUCUAUGUUGGCGGUGGAUAAAAAUGGUAAUCUCUGGUACCGUCAGGGAAUCACACCAAGCUACCCUCAAGGAUCUAGUUGGGACCAUGUUUCAAAUAAUAUCCGUAAAGUUUCUGUGGGACCCAUGGAUCAGGUUUGGGUGAUAGCUGAUAAAGUGCAAGGAAGUCACAGCCUAAGUUGCGGGACAGUCUGUCAUCGAACAGGAGUCCAACCAUUGGAAUCGAAAGGGCUCUCAUGGGACUACGGCAUUGGGGGUGGAUGGGAGCACAUUACAGUCAGAGGAAAUGCAACUGAAGCUCCUAAGGCUGCUUUACAUGAGACCUCUGAAGAGCAUGCAGCAAAGCCAACGGAUCUAGAAGAUGGGGAGAAUGGAGGAAAAGGAAACCAUUCUAAAACCACCUUGAUGGUUAACGAAGGACAAGCACUAGACAGAAACUCUGUUAAUUGUUAGUAUGUUCUGUUCUCUGUACACUGGCUGCUGCUUGUUUCCCAAGUAAUUUAAAGAAAAACAAACUGUAGGAUACAACAAACUCAAUCCAUUUCUGCUCAGAAAAAAAAAAAAAAGCCUUCUGAUAAAACUGAUGCAUUUUUUAGAACUGGAAUUUACAAGAUGGGCAUUUUAAUAUUUAAUUUAUUCUUGUACUACUAAGUUAAUAGAGUAUGGCUUGAUAGAACUGACAGAGUUUUGCCAAGAGAGACGAGGUGCUGUUUGGAGCUGCAGGAAUAGCCUUGACCCCCAUUUAAAGCUGCUACACAAACUGUGUGAAUGUGAAUAUCUUUGCAGACUUGUUUGUUUUUCCUGUAGAAGUCUUUAAUUCCCUUCCCUACAUCCCUUAACACUCACUCAUCUUAUAUGCCACUCUCCAGUUUUAGUAUUUCUCGUCUUUGGGCAGAUAGGAGGAUUUUAAAAAUUGUAUCAAUAUAUAGUUGAUUACUGUACAGAGCGCUCUAGUCACUGCAUUAGUGUCAAAUCUAGGGUCCUGAUCCUGCAGACACUUAUGGACAUGCUUAACUUUGCUCAUGUGAGUCAGCUCAUUGAUUUCUAUGCUACCCUCACAUUGAGCGGGGAUCACUUGUAUCAAUAAUGUUCCACAUGAGUAUAAGUGUGUGUUUGCAGGACUGGAGCGGAGGGAGUACAUAUUACUAAGGGCCAAUUUCUGGUACCCGUUCUCAUGCUGCAUAGAAUCUUAUUUCACAAGUGGUCCCAUUGGUGUCAGCGGAAUUCAUGUGGAAGAGAGUCCUAAUCUCUCAGUAGGGGUGCUUCUACAUUUAUCAGAUAUGAGGUGGAAAAAUCAUCUUUUUAGCCUCACGUUCAGCUCGUCCUCCAACAGCUCACACCUCAUGCUUUGUCCAAGUCUCUUCGAGUGAGAGACUGGAAAAAGUUCUUUACCUAUUUCCGGCUUCAUAAUGGUAGAUAGCUACAGUCUCGCCCGUGAAGUCAGUGUAGACUAGCAUGCACUCAGAAUGGGGCUUUGCUGUUAGUUUGUACUAAGUGAUCUGUGCUGAAUAUAUUUCUGGCUCUUCUCCUCGUGAGUUAACACCUUAGUGUACAUUAUUCCUCAAAAGAGAAGGUCUAGUUCUGUCCUGCUUUAAAAUUGUAGUUAAGCCUAGAUUUUCCUCUGAACUCCUCUUUAUUUUAAAGCCCAAUAUUGUGUGGUGCCAGUCACCUUCUGCAAGGUGCUGAGCGUUCACCUCCCGUUGGUUUCAGGAGGGCACUCCACACCUUACAGGAUAAGGCUUUAUCCAUUGUAACUUUUAGAGAGGUUGUCACGGAGGGGCUAAUCUUGCACACUUAGAUUUGAUGGGAAUGUUGAGAGCAGGCUCAGACCCCAAGUUUCUUAAUGGUAGCACUGCAAGUUUACAUUCUUUUCCCUAUAUUGUGUGUGAUUGUAUAUGGAGUUAUUUUUAUAUAAAUUGAAUAGCAAUGUGGCAUGGUCUCAAGUACUGUAUUUGUAGAAGUAACUAUUGACUGUAUUUAAUAUAUAUAUAUAUAUAUAUAUGAUAUUUUAAUGCCAAGACACUGUUUAUGUCCAAAUGUGAAAAAGAAUCUUAAAGAUGCUACUGUCUAACCUAUUGAACUUUCCAAUAUGUGAUUAUAGUUUUUUUAUUGAUUUUUACAUCUGUGGUGUUUCAAGUGUCGUAAGUGACAUUAUUUGCAUUCAUUCCUAUAAAUACUAGGUUACAUACAGUUCUAGAAGUUACACAGCAAUUGUUCCAAAUAAACAUCAUUAAUAGCUUUACCACAUAUACUCUUAGGCUUGCUUUUUCUCUGCACUAACACAUAAUCUAUGUCAGAAGGUCAACUUAUAUUUUCCUUUUGAAUAUCCAAUGUUUACAUCUUCAGUGCAAGUGUUACAUAUAUUACUAACUGACUCAAUAAAAUAUACACUAAUGUAA